GGCAAUCCCAGACCCUGGGCGCUGCACCGCUGCCGCCCGCGCCUGGAGCUUGGCCGCCCCGCUGUCCACGGCUGCUACUGGCUCUGCCGCCGCCACCGCGCGCGGCACCACGAGCACCACCUCCACGUCCUGCCAUUGGUCGAGCCCGCCGCGGCUGGACUCCCAAUCGGGCGACUGGGGCCGG